UUCAAAGAGCAGGGUUACAUAAACUCUCAGAAGCUGCCAAGAGACCAGACACUUGUGUGAAGCCUGGAAGACAGCAAGUUCUGCUGUGUAGAAAAGAAGCAAAACCCUUCCCAGAGUCCACCUGGAAGCAGAGACUCUGAGGACCUAUCCAUCAUGGUGCCUGGGCUCUGCCUGCUGCUGCUGCUGCUGCCUGCGCUGCUGGGGGCCUCUGAGUCCACCCCGGAGCCCUGCGAAUUAGUUGAAUUAAAUGACGUCGAUGAUGGCUGCUUCUGCAACUUCACGGGUCCUCAGCCCGACUGGAACAGCGCUACCCAAUGUAUUGCUGCCGCCGAGGUGGAGGUCCGCGGCGGCGGCCACGACCUGGAACCAUUCCUGAAACUAGCCGACAUCGACCCAAAGGAGUACGCCCACGUGCUGAAGGCUCUGCGCUUGCGGCGGCUCACGGUGGGCAACGCGCGGGUGCCGGGGCAGCUCCUGGUCAGCGCCCUGCGUGGGCUCGGGUUCUCCCGCCUCAAGGAGCUGACGCUCGAGGACCUGGAGGUAACCGGCACCCUGCCGCCGCUGCCUGUGGACAACACGGGGCCGGCGCUCUCCACCCUCCGUCUCCGUAACGUGUCGUGGCCAACCGGGGCUGCCUGGCUCGCGGACCUGCAGCAGUGGCUCAAGCCGGGCCUCCGGGUGCUGCGCAUUGCGCAAGCACACUCGCUGGCCUUUCCCUGCGCACGGCUCCGCCCCUUCCCGACCCUCACAAACCUAGAUCUGUCUGACAAUCCUGCGCUGGGGGAACGAGGACUAAUUAAGACCCUGUGUCCUCACAAGUUCCCGGCGCUCCGGGAUCUAGCUCUGCGCAACGCGGGGGUGGAGACGCCCGGCGCUGUGUGCGCUGCGCUAGCGGCGGCGGGCGUGCGACCCCACAGCCUAGACCUCAGCCACAACGCGCUGCGGACCCCUGCCCCGGCCGCUCGCGGGUGCGUCUGGCCCAGCACUCUGAACGCUCUCAACCUUUCCUUCGCCGGGUUGGAGCAGGUGCCCAAGGGACUGCCAGCCCAGCUCAGCGUGCUCGAUCUCAGCUGCAAUCUGCUGAACAGUGAGCCACGCCAGGACCAACUGCCCAAGGUGAAAAACCUGAUACUGAAAGGGAAUCCCUUUCUGGAUCCCGAAGCCUUCAUGCACCAAGGAGACCCAUCAAACUCUGCCGCGGUAUCAGCCUGUGCGAGUUCGGCCCUGACCGCGGGGGUGUCAGGAACUCUGGCGCUGCUUCCAGUUGCGAGGGGCUUCGCCUAAGGCCGGAUAAAGAAAAAUGAAUUGACUCAGGGAGUCCCGGCUCCUGAGGAGCCACGACAGGAUGUCUCAACCAACAAACCCUUUGCCCUGCCUUUAUUAAAAAGUUUAACGUGGGCCUCCCCUGGUGGCGCAGCGGUUGAGCACUGGGCUGCGAAGCUGCCCGCAACCUCUGCAGCUCCAGUUCGAUCCCCGGCCGCCAGCGAAGGUCCCACAUGGCGAGCGGACCUCUCCUGCCACCCACUGCUCCCCUCAGUAGUGUAUUUCGUCAGUCUGCCUGCUCUGCUCCCUGCUCUGGCUCUGGUGAAUUCUCUCACCCUCCCGGCUUCUGAUUGUACCCAGUGCUUGUAUAAAUUAAAACAACAACAAAAAAAGUUUAACGAGGGCCUCCCCCCUGGCUCAGGGGUUAAAGUCUCAGUGCUAUCAAGCUAUCGCCAGCCACUGCAGCAUGAGUUUGAUCCCCAGCCAGGGAGCUACCCACACGGUGCAGCAGACCUCUCCUGUCUCACCCCACUGCUCCCCUCAGCAGUGUAUUUCAGUGGAUCCACCUGUUCUCUCCCCACUCUGUCUCUGGUGGGUCAUCUCACCCCCAACACCUCUGGGUUCUUGUAUUCAUAAAUAAAUAAAAAUGAAUCUAAAUCAAAAUGAAUCUUUUUAAAAAAAUAAAAUGUCA